CACUUACUAACGCACUGAAAUUAACAUUUAUUCUGCUCUUCUGCUUGGACCCAUACUGACUGUACCAGAAAUUGAAUGGCACCUUUACCAGAGAUAAUCUUUGCUGCAACCUACCUCGGUCUAAUAGUAUCUAAACCAGAUGAUUGUUUUGAUCUCCAAAAUGAAGGAAACAAUGCAUCAAUUCUUGAAUACGAGGCAUUUAAGUUAACAGUGUUUUAUGCAGUGGAUUCAUUGAACCCUGAUGAUUCAUUUUUAUUUGAAUGCAUCAAGAAUACUGUGACAGUCACAACACCAAAAUUGCAAAACGAUUCAAAGGAACUUUAUCUUUGGUUUUUGCCUGCAUCACUGAGAGACUCUGGGACCUACAUUUGCUACUUGUGGAAUGCAUCUUAUUGUGUCAUGGACAUUUUUCAUAUACAAGUGCUUCAAUUAUCCCAUGGUCAGUGCUUUCAUGAGAAUUUACUCGAGCUGCCUGAAACAGAAUCUCCUCCUUCUAUACUUAUUUAUUGCCCUGAUAUAGAUGGCUAUUUUCAACCGCUUUCAGUUCUGCAAUGGUUCAAGGAUUGUAUCCCUAUUACAAUUGACAAUAAAAAAUAUUUUAGUAAUUAUGAUAAACUGAUAAUCAGCAAUGCAGAUGAUGAAGAUACUGGAAAUUACACAUGUAAACUUGAAUACAAUUAUCUUGGGAAGAAAUAUAAUGUAACAAGAACAACACAACUGAAAAUAGAAGGAACAAUAAAUAAUCCAAUACAACCAGAAAUGAUAAGUCCUAAAAAUGAAACAAUUGAAGCAAAACUUGGGUCAGAGCUAAAUAUGAUCUGUGAAGUUCUUCUGGGAUCAGGCGAAGUGGAAGCAAUUUCAAGGCUUACCUGGAAAAUGAAUAACACUGAUAUUCCCGAAGAUAUGGUCAGAAUUAAGCAAGGAAACAAAAUCGACAAAAAAGAAGCUAAGCAUACAGUGGUAUCUUUGAGAACCUUAUCAAUCUCCAAAAUCAUCGAAGAAGAUUUUCAAACCACAUUUGAAUGUUUUGCACAUAACCCACAAGGCAAUAGUCAUGGCUUUAUAAAAAUUAUACCUCAAUCCACGAAUUGGAAACUUCAUGUGAUAAAGGUCUUUGUUCUGCUGAUUUUCAUGACUUUGGCCUGUACAGCCAUCUGUAUGACUUGCAAAGUGGACAUUGUCCUUUGGUAUCGUGAUGUAUUUAAAUCCCACAAAUACAUUGAUGAUGGUAAGAUAUUUGAUGCAUAUGUCAUCUAUCCAAGAUGUGAGGAUAAAGGUUCUCUCGAUAACUGUGAUGCAAACCACUUUGCUCUUCACACUUUGCCUCAGGCUCUUGAAGAAAAGUAUGGCUACAAACUGUUCAUUUCUGGCAGGGAUGAUCUUCCUGGUCAGGCUGAGGUUGAAGCUAUUGAAGCAAACAUAAGGAUCAGCAGAAGGUUGAUAAUCAUUUUGGCUCAAAAGCCUUCAGUUAAUAACCAAGCAUACUGUGGAUUUGAACAGCAAGUUGGAUUAUAUAAUGCUUUAAUGCAGAAUGAAAUAAAAGUCAUCCUAAUUCAGUUGGAGAAAGACGAUUGCUUGAAUCGCUUCCCAGAAUCCAUAAGACACAUCAUUCAAAAAAAUGGGACUAUUAAAUGGGAACCAGACAGAAGAGGCAAACCAGAGAGAUCUUAUUCAAGAUUUUGGAAACAAGUGAGAUAUAAAAUGCCAUUGAAAAGCAAGUCUUCAACGUCCACUGUGUACAAUUCAUAA